AUGUCGCGGAGAAGACUGUUGCUCGCGCCUCCUCUUUUCGCGCGGAAGAGAGGAAGCGAGAGAAAGGUCUUCCCUCAGCAGCGCGUCGUCGAGUGUUCUUCUUCUUCGACGUUUUCGAGAGGCAUUCGAACGUUUGGAGGAGGAGAAGGAGGAGGCACGAAGGAUGAUUCUUCGACGCGUUGGAAACCAUUCGCAUCAAAUGCAUCGUCAUCAUCGAAGAGUACUUCUUCGUUCCGAGGCAAAUUUCGACCAAAACUUUCGACGGAAACGACGACGACGAAAAGAAGAGCGCUGUCGUGUACUUCGUUUCCGUCGUUCGCGGCUUCCGGGGCGAGUCGUAGUAUAAACAGUAACAACAACAACACCAACGAAAAACGAGGCAUAGAAACAACGCAGAGGAAGGAAACGGACGAGAAGAAGAAGACGAAGAAGAAGACGAAGAAGAAGACAAAGAGACCACCAGAAGGCGAACGAAGGUUUAAUAAUGAAGGGGUUAUUAAUAUACGCGCGGAGGAAAUCUUGGAAAAGAGACGAUUAGAGCGGCAACGGACGCCGCUGAGCGAAGCGCGCGAGUUACACGUGCUCGCGACGACGACGACGACGAAUAAUAGGAAGAAGACGAAGAAGACGAAGAAGGAGACGAUGACGAUGAACCAUCGAGACUACACGCCUGAGAUUGAACGCGAGGCGAAACUGUUAGGCGUGUCGCCGCAUUUGAUUCGAGGCCGGAGGUAUUACGCCGCGCUGCCGCCCGGGUCAAAAAAAGUGAUUCCUCGGGAGGUGUGGGAUAUUUGCGAACGGUUAUCCGGGCGAGGGUUCAAAGCGUACAUCGUCGGCGGCGCGGUGAGAGAUUUAUUGCAAGGCGCGAAACCGAGGGACUUUGACGUGAUGACGGACGCGAAAUAUGCGGACAUACAACACGUGUUUGGAUGGAAACGCGUGAGGGUCGUUGGACGACGGUUUAAAGUCGCGCACGUGAGAACUUUUAAACCGACGCACGGAAGGCCGUACGUGGAGGUGUCCAGUUGUACCGAAGGCGAUGAGAAAAGCGAGGAAGAUGCAGAAACAGACGGCGGCGGCGGCAACGACGACGACGACGAUUCAGACGACGAUGACAUCGACCCGAGUUGGCAAAGUUCGCCGAGAAUGUAUUUACGGAAAGACGCUCGCAAGCGCGAUUUCACCGUCAAUGGCAUGGCGUACGAAUUAUUGAGGAAUCUGUUGCACGACUACGUGGAUGGGUACGAAGAUUUGCGAGAUAACAUUGUUCGAUCGAUCGGAAAACCGCACGUGGCGUUUAAAGAUGACCCUGCGAGGAUUUUGAGAGCCAUUCGCGUCAGUGCAAAGCGAAACAUGGAACCGACCAAAGAAGUUCGCGCGACCAUGCGCGCGUACGCGCCUUUACUGAACGAGUUGAAUCGAGAGAGAAAGAUGUUGGAAACGCGAGCGUGUUUGGCGAGAGGCUACUCGAAAAUCGGCAUGAAGAUGCUGUGGAUGAGUUCGACUUUGGACGUGUUGAUGCCAACUGUAGCUCGUUUCAUCAAAGAAAGAGGCGGCAGGAAAAGGACGAUGCUAGAGUUUCAAAAGACUGGAUUUGAACACGUUUUAGACGCGAAGAGUUGGGACGAGGAGAAGGAAGACUUUCGAACGAUAUUCAUGAAUAAGGAUGAUGUCGCGGAUGAUGUAUCCAAGAAACGAGUUCCAAGCGGCGUCACCGCCGGUGGCUUGUUUAAAUUGCUGGAAAAUUUCGACAAGUACGUUGGAAAAGACGUUAAAUUGACCGAAGAAGGCGUGAGCGCAGAAUUUCUCAUCGCCACGCUCGCGACACCGAUCGCGUUGUACUAUUCCGGUUUAAAAACCGUUCCGAAAUACUCGACGAGGAAACGGCAAGUUGAAGUGCCAACAAAGAAGAAAUCUUCCCGGGGAGGAGGAGGAGGAGGAGGAACAGGAGGGAAAAAGACGAAAACUGUCACGGAAGUUAACCCGGCGUGGUUGCGAUGGACCGCGGCGUGCGAAAGAGUUUUGAGAGAACUCUCCGAAGUCGACGGGUUGAUGUUGAGUUCCGGAAGAAGAAGUAACAAUCAAGGCGGGAGAACGUAUCAGAUUAUGACGAAGAGUUUUAUGAACUCUUCUUCUUCUUCUUCUUCUUCGGCUUCGAUCGAGUCGGAUGACGACGAAGAGAAAGACGAUGACUUUGAAGACGAAGAUUUGAUCGAUUACGAGGACGAACUCGGCGGUAAGAAAUACGAAGAAUCUCAAGCGUCGUUGGUGAAAAUCGUGUACGAGACUUUCGGCGUCCCGGAAAUGGAAUUCGACGAAGAUAGUUUUAAAGUUUUCGUCAACGACGACGACGAUAAAUAA